AUGAGAAUUUUCGUGCUUAUUUUCCUCUUCGUGGUAGCUUUUGCUGAAAAGUACGCUAUUGAUUCGAGUUUGAAAUGUCAUCGGUGAGCUAUAACCGAAGGUAAGAAAGUAUGUUCGGAUGCAUUCGAUAUUGAUAAAAACAAUUGCUUGGUAGAUUCAUUUAUUAAGAUUCAUAUUAUAUCACCUAAUGAUUUUGAACCUAAAGCUAUCUUUCUUAAAUGAUUCUAUUAAAUAAUACUUCAAGAGGAUAAUAAUGAUAGUCAAAGGAAAUAAUCAAGAAAAGACAUUUGAGAUUCAUCAACAAUAAUAGAUAAGGUUACUCACAACAUAAUAAAAUAGAGAAAAUGAUUUAUUUAAGAUAUACCUUCUUAAGAAUAUUGGCUGUUCAGUUUUUCUUCUCAGGCUAACCUGAUAUCCAGAAGUAGGACAACUCUGUGAGUCUAUUUUUUAGUAUUCAAGAAUAUGAGAAAAUAUAAAGGGAUAGCAAACUUAGAACUUUGAGUUUUUAUAUUAGAAAAUUAUUC